CACAAAGGAAAGGUCGAGCUGUUCUAAUUGUACGCUUAUUCACAAAGGACAGGCACUGUGGCUGACAAAUCUCCCCUGUUGACAUGUUUCUUGAUCCUCUUUCAUUCAUUGUUCUGCCCUGAGUGAAGCGAAUGUGUCAAAAUGUUGAACUCAGAAGCUGGGGGUGGGGGGUGGAAUUAAAAAUUGGGAAGAAAAGGAGAAUUCAACAAACAUGCCCAAAGAGCAAAGAAAAUCAGUUAUGCGUUGCGGCAGAUCAUGUUACCUUCUGUAAACUCGCUUGCUACCACUUCCCUUUGCACUGUUGAGAUAAAGAAAUCCCUUGGAAACAUACAAAGAGGAAAAACAAGUUCCCUAUUCCUGCAUUCAGAAAGGAGGCUGGGAAAGUGAAAAGAGGAAUUUCUACCCUUCAGUCUAAAAAGGCAGAAAAACUACCCGUGGCUUUAGCCAUUGUGUUAAACAACUUCCCUGUUACACAUUUUCUCCAUGCAGGAUCAUGUUUACCCCCAAGGAAGCUGGCUGUGUCAGUGAUCCCUGCGCACCUGCUGUUGAAACAAUCUUUCUGCUGUGAUUAAAGGAUUCCUAAAAAAAUGGAGUGCAAAUCUUUUGAAGUGGAUGAAGCAGUCUACUUGGAGGAUCAAUGUCAUAUUCUUGAGGUGACCGAACCACAAGAAGACAAUUUGGAUUUGGCAGGAAAGAGUGACUUGGGAAAUAUUGUCUUUUCAUCCUGCGAAACCCCAGCCCCAUCCACCCCUGAGAUCAAAUUGUACCCUACUAAUAUCACCAAGAGGAGGGCCUUUAGUGACAGCCCAAAUCUACUCCAAGUUCCACCUGUGGAGGAUGGAGAUGGUGACUUCACACCUUACCAAUUUAACAGGCAUGCUCCAGGAAGGAUUUCUACUUCUCCGACUCUUAGGAGGCUAAGAAACAGUACCCCAUCACUCUCUCAGGUCUUCUCGCUACAAAACAGCACUGAGAGUGGAAGGGGGCACAACCAGGUGCCACAAACUGAAUCAACUCUUCUUGCUUAUCAGAGGUGUACUCUGCAUUCUCAGCAAUGCUCUUUGACCUCCAACUCUGGCAUGCACACCGAUUCACUGACACUGAAAGAAAACUCCACAUUGGCUGACACGCUAUCAGUUCCACCACAUCCUAAAGAUGAUUUUGUUGAUGAUAACACAUUGCAGAACACGAGGGAGAUCAGCCCUUCUUCCCUAACUAAGGGGAAACAGAAUUCUCAGGAAUGUCUUCAGGAAUUACAUUUGCAUAAACCUAACAGUCUAUACAACUCAGCUGAACGGAGGCACAGCUCAGUGGUGGUGAGCUUGCCUGGAUUCGAGAUGUUCCCAGGAGACCUGCUGAUAUCAGACAGUGCAGCAGAAUUCCUUUACCAUUCAGCAUCUCUGCACAGCUCAGAAUCCAAAAAGCCCUGGUGGCCAUUUGCUAAAAAAGGAACUAGUAAAGAUAAACACAAACAAAUAUCAGAUCUGGAAAACUGUCUGUCCACAGUAACCCUCAACAUACCAGAUUGUAGUGAUUAUGAAUUUCAAAGUGUUAAGGGUAAAACUUGGCAGGAAAUCAUGACUAUGCAUCAACUUGAGCCAAAAGCCAGCGGUGAUCAGUUAGAUACUAAGAAAGAAGAAGCCUUGUGGGAGCUUUUCACAACUGAAUGCACCUACCUUCUUGAUCACCUCCAGGUUCUCAAAACGAUAUUUAUGGAUACAUUAAGGUACCUGCAAUGCAAGGAGUUUCUCUCGGAUGUGGACUCUGGGCUACUGUUUGCCAACCUAGAGGAGUUAAAUCAGGUGAGCCUCAGUUUUGUGACCAGUUUCUUCAGUGUUAUAAAGGAUCACCUUGUCCAGCCUAUGCCUUCCAUAGAUUUCAUCCCUGUGCUCACAAAGUAUUUCCAAGGGAACCUGUGUCAGAGUCACCAGAUGUACUGCCUGAAUUAUACAUCUGCUAUCUUUUACUUGGAAAAACUGAAGAAAAGAGAAGAUUUUGGGAUCUAUUUGAAAUGGUGUGAACAGAAUGAGCGGUGCAAACGUCUCCAUCUCGCAGAACUGCUGGUUGCCCCUUUGCACAAACUGACCCGCUAUCCCCUUCUCCUGAAGAAUAUAUGGAAAAAUACAGAGGCAGCCGAGAAAUCUGUCAUUGGUACAAUUAAAGAAAAGGUGGAAAAAUCUAUAAGAGAUUUGGAAGGGAAAGUGAAAUGGCUGGAUAACUUCCAGAAAUUUAAACAGCUACAGGAAAUUAUAGUUUGGCCUUCACUUUGGGAUCAAGAAAAAAGAUUUUUUGUUCCUGAGUGUCUCAAGAACUUAUUAAGAGAAAACCCGAAUGAAAACAUCUUGUCACCAACAAAGAGAUUUCUUGUUCAUGAGGGGAGAUUAACCCUAGCAGAACAUAUGAGACUUGUUGAUGUCUACCUAUUUCUGUUUGAUGAUUUGCUGUUGAUUACAAAGCCCAACCGGCACAAAAAGAAAUCUGUAGUUUCUGACCUGAGUUUAACACCUGUUGGCCCCUUUUUCACUCCCGAAUUGCAAUCUUUGCUGGAAGGUGGUGGCUAUUGCACUGUGCUUGACCAGCCUAUCCCAUUAGACAGAAUGGUAGUAAGAAAUAUUGAAUCCUUCCACAUAACAGUUUUUGGACUACGAAAUGCUUUUCUAAUACAGCAUAGAAAUCGGUUUCAGCAGUGCAUAGCAGCCUUUUUACUACAAGCACAGACUGAGUCUCUCAAAAAAACAUGGAUGUCACAGAUGGAAACAGCAAUAUCAAAUUGCACAAAGAGAGAAAAUAAACCCAAAACUUCAUUUUUUAGUUUACCUGCUGAAUCAUCUCAAAUUUAGUUGUGGUUCGUUGGGAACCACUAGACAAUGUAACAGAUUUACUUUUUUAAAAAAAACAAGGCAUGCAAAAUGUCUGUGAACAUUUUUUGGAGCCUGGAAAGGUGAAAUUCUGGAAACAAUCUUGCUAGAACAGAAUUCAGAGAAGGAAAGGAGCAACUUGAAUGGUCAUUAUUCAAACUGCAGUGCUAUGCUUAUGGCCUUUGGUUCCUCACAGGGUGGCUUGUUUUGAUUUGGCAUACCAUGAUAAAAACUAGAAAAUAUAUGCGAUAUGAUAUGGGGAAGAGAAAGGAAACUAGUGCCAUUAAACCAACAUCUUUAAAACUGCCUUUACAAGUUCUUCUGCAGUCAAACUGGGGUACCAGUAAUCAUGAGACCUGCUUAAAUCAGAGUAUUUUGUUUUUUGAUCAAAUACUACCGGGUUAUGAAAGAAAGAAAAUCUGCACAAUUUUUUCCUACCUCAGAAACCACCAAAAUGUCAAACAAAGUAACAAUCUAACACUGAUCUUCACAAAAACACCUCUCACAUUAGAUUAUAGAUUCACACAACCCAUUUUUAAGCAGUGUGGUCACCUUGAGAUUACCUUCCUCACCUCAUCAGCGUUUGGAAGAAAUUUCAUCAACAUUAUGCUACAAAGAGAGAUACCUGCACAACUUGGAAUGGGGUUAAACUAAGAACUGAGAAAUUGUAAUUUCUGGCUGUAGCGUUCCAGAAAAAAAUUACCCCAACCCCCAAUUAAAGCCGCGGGGUAAAAUCAGUUCAUACUGACUAUACAACACCAAACGGGGUUGCACAUACUUUUGAGGUAUACACUUUUUUGUAAAAUUCUGGGUAAGAACCACAUGUCUUCAGUAAUUAUUAGUUCAAAGAACUGUAGAAUGAAGCAGAAUGGCACCAAUCAGAAGAGCCAUUUUUAUCACCUUUACCACAAUUAUGUUCAUGAUGUAACACCAAAAGGAUACUACUCGACUCUGCCUAACCACUAUCUGAAUUUGCAAAUGAAUAAAAGUGGCUACAGCGACACCAAAAGCACAGCAAAUUAAG